GCGCCGUUCACGAUCACACGCAGACGUUCACAAUUUUGAAGAACUGGUUUGCUUAUAUCGACGGUUGCCGCCGAGAGUACACGACUGCCUUUACGGGACUAGCUCAUCCGCAAAAGGCAUAACCCCCACGUAGCAGCCAUGUUCCGCCACACCGCCCGACGCCUUUCGAGCCUCUCGAGCUUUACGGGGAUUGAGAUCGAGCCCUACACAGCCAAGUCAGCCUUUCUCUUUGGCUUUAUUGCGUCGAUCGGCUUCCUCUCUGUGUACUCCGUGAAGGAGACGAAGAAGGCGGGCCCGAUUGAGCUGCCGCCGGAGCUGGAGGCGCAGCGUCAGCGGCACAACGACCCACGCCGACCGCCGUGGCCGCUGCUGCACCAGCGCGUGGUGCUGCUGCGUGAAGGCAAAGGCUCACCAGAGGACAUCGCGCUUAUGUGGGAGCAGACGAAACAUUACUACCCGGCGGACUGGCUGAUCCCACUGGAGCUGACGCAGGUGCUGAAGUACUCGAGUGGGAAGUACUUGCAAACGUACGUGGCAGACCCGGACGAGAUGCGAAAGGAGGUGCUGAUGCAGCUGCUGAACGUGAAGUACGGGCGCGUGUCGGACCCGAAUGGCGGCCGCGUGAACAAGGACGUGGAGGAGAUCAUCUCCAUGGCGGUGGACGAUCUGGAGCACAUGGACCUGAACCCGUCUGCGGAUGCGGUGCUCAUCCCAACACACACGUAA